CGUUCCUAAAGAGAAAAAUCCACGUUUCCCAGAAGCCAAAUCGCUGUCGGGGGACGAAGGAGUUGGGGGAAGGGACCAAAAAAAAAAAAAAACACCGCUCGAGAGAGAAUCAUCCCGGUGGGGAACUAACUGUCGGAAGAAGCGAGUCUUGAGGGAAAUGGCGGUCGAUAAAGAACUGUUGGAGUUGGACCUCUACGCGCUUUUGGGAGUGGUCGAGAAAGCGACGGAUAAAGAGAUUAAGAAAGCCUAUAGACAGAAGGCCCUGACCUGUCAUCCAGAUAAACAUCCAGAUAAUCCCAAAGCAGCUGAACUCUUCCAUCAAUUGUCUCAGGCAUUAACAGUUCUAACAGAUGCAGCAGCAAGGGUAGCCUAUGAUAGAGUAAGGAAAGCCAAGAAACAAGCAGCAGAAAGGACCCAGAAACUUGAUGAAAGAAGGAAGAAAGUCAAACUUGAUCUUGAGGCUCGGGAAAAAGAAGCUCACUCCCAGGUUAGCAAGGCAGAAGAGAUUGAGAUAACUAGGACAUUAGAGCAAGAGAUCCAACGGUUACGUGAAGAGGGAUCUCGACAACUGGAGGAACAACAAAAACUCAUCCAGGAACAAAUCCGGCUUGAGAAACAGCGAAUACGAAGUAAACAAGAUGGGUAUGGAGGGAAUGGCACAGGAACACCCAAGCUCAAACUUCGAUGGAAGUGCAAGAAAGAAGAUGAAACUAAUGGAGGUUACUCAAAAGAAAUUCUACUGCAAAUUCUACAAAAGUAUGGUGAAGUUCUUAAUUUGGUGAUCUCUAACAAGAAGGCUGGAAGUGCAGUUGUGGAAUUUGCAACAGUGAAAGCUGCUGAGAUGGCAGUGAAGAAUGAAGUUGGCCUAACAUACAAUCCUUUAAAAAUCACCUGGCUGGAAGGUCAACCACAGAGUAGCACAGUGUUUGCUGAUGGCACUAUUCACCCACAUAUAUCCCAGGAUUCAGUCGUUUCUGAGAGGGAUUAUGAAAGCCUUGUGAUGAUGCGCAUGCGGCAAGCUUCCGAGAGGCAGAAGCUGAUUGAAAAGAUGAAACAGGAAGAUGAAGAAGAGUCUUGUACAUAGUAGAAGGGGAAAUGGCAUUGGCAUGCAUUUUUGCUUAUAAUUCUUAAAUCAAUAAAAACUAUUGAAGGAAAAACUUCAAAAUUACUGUAGAUUUCUUGGAAGAAUAACUGAUCACCCCGAUUAAGGGGAUCUAUAAAGUGAAAAUCUAUUUCAAGUUUUUCGGUGUUAAAUUACCCUGAUAUCUGGAAUUUAUACAGCAGUAGCAAAUCUGCAUUUUCAAAAACCAUAUCCUUCCUUGUUCAUCACGUUUCCUGACUCAUUGAAGCAAUAUGAGCUCUAUAACACAUUUCUUAUGAUAGUGAUUUCUACUCAUCGCAACUCAUGGCAAAUCUGACUUUAAAGGACCAUCGUGCUCUUCACUCUAACAUAUUCUUUAUAAAUCCACGUAUUUGUUAGAUAUAGCAUACCCUUUUGCUUAAAAGAGUUCUGUAGUUACCUUAUUUUUAUCUUUGUAAUAAAUCUGUGAAAUUCAUUUGGUUGAAAGUUGGUUACAAGCUCAAUUUCAUGGCUAAAUUGUGAUCUCACCCAUUUUCUCAAUUCUUACCUAGAACUCUAAAUAGCACUGGUGGUCAUUCAUAGCCAUCUACAUCACAAGGAAACUGAACCAACUAUGAGUAUUGACAAUGCAAUCUAAACCAAAAUAAAUUGUUACAAAGAGUGUUAAUUAUUUGGCACUUCCAGUUCAGCAAUAAAACAAUGUGAAACUAAUAUAGCUCCUUGAAUGAGGGAAAGAUGCUGCACUAGAUCAGUGUAUUAGUCCCAUUACCUGCCAAUAUACAAGUUGU